AUGUCGCCCAUAAAGUCUGAGCCAGCCACGGAGAUGUCCGACUUUGAGAAGCAGCGCGCGGCCAAUAUUGCGGAGCGCGAUGCGCUUCUAAAGAAAAUCAGCCUGGAGGCUCAGUCGGCAGGUCUCUUAUCCAAGACACCGGCAUCGAAAGGUACGCGAUCGGAUAAGAAAAAAGCACCACCGAAGAGAGUGAAGCGCGAAAGGGAAGAGGCUCCAGCUCCGCGCCGGUCUUCUGCUCGACUCGCCGGUUUAACUGCUGAUAGCGAGAUUGCGAAACGCAAGGCAGACGAUGCCUACGAAGCGGAGAAAAUGCAGAUGGAAGCGAAAAAGAGACGUGUAGCCGGGGACUUGCGGAUGGAUGAAAUUGGCGUAAAGGGGAAGUGGGAAUAUUCAACCUUGGGUUCUCUUGUUACAAGCGGGCCAGCGAAGUAUGAGAGGACAUUUGGCGAAGAAGAUAUCAAGAAGACAGCCGAUAAGGAUCUGAAAGCUAUGAGAGAGAAGAUGAGCGGAUUGAAUCUCUGGGAUGCCUGGGAACCAAAUAGGGACAAGGUCGGGAAUCUGGGCAUUCUUGAUGCAUCGCAAGGAGCCCCUGAGAACGAUGACGACGAGGAGGAUCCGGUUAUUACAACAAUUAAACCACACAGCCGAUCAAUCGCCUCUAUGCAUGUACAUUCUUCUAGCCCGUCAAAACUAUACACUGCCAGCCAUGACAGCUCGAUCCGACAGCUAGACUUGGAAAAGUCUUUGGCUACCGAAGCUUAUGUGUCUGAUGGGACGGGCCUAUCCGCUAUCGACAUGGCCCCUGACGACCCCCAUACUCUUUAUUUCGCAACAUUGAACGGUGUUUUUGGUCGCUACGAUACUCGUACGAAUGGAACUAACGCGAAUGGCGCCAGUACGGAUGCCACAAGCUACAUUGCAGAUGAAUGGCAACUUGCCGACAACAAGAUCGGCGGUUUUACCAUCUGCCCAACCAAGCCGCAGUAUAUUGCGACUGCGUCCCUAGACCGAACUAUGAAAGUUUGGGAUCUGAGGCAGCUGUCUAAGAAAACUCCCAUUGCUGUGGCAGAGCAUGUAAGCCCAUUAUCGGUAUCCCAUGCCGCGUUCAACAGUGCUGGCCAAAUUGCAACCUCUUCAUACGACAACACCCUCAAAAUACACAACUUUGGCGCCUUGGACCUGAAACCUCGAAAACAUACCGAGCCUCUGGAAAUUGCACCUGAUGUAGUGAUUAACCAUAAUUGUCAGACAGGGAGAUGGGUUACAAUUCUCCGACCACAAUGGCAACCUGCCCCUCAAUCGUCAAUCCAGCGUUUCUGCAUAGGUAAUAUGAAUCGCUUUGUGGAUGUAUAUACCUCCAAGGGCGAGCAGUUGGCUCAACUAGGGGGUGAUGGUCUGAUAACUGCCGUUCCAGCAGCUGCGGUCUUCCAUCCUACUCAGGACUGGGUUGCAGGAGGUACGGCAAGCGCUAAGGUGUGUUUAUGGAUGUGA